AUGGAGAAAAGCAUCGAUGAAGAUACACACUCUGUAGUCAACACCACAUAUGAUUGCUUAAAUGCUAUUGAUAUAAAAGAAGAAGCUAGUGUCUCUACGUUACUGGUGAACGUGGAUAAUGAAUUUGAUCCCUUUGAUGCAUUGAGCACUCCCCUUUACCAGACUGCUACCUUUAAGCAGCCUUCUGCUAUCGUAAAUGGUCCUUAUGAUUAUACAAGAAGUGGAAAUCCCACACGGGAUGCAUUGGAGAGUCUCCUUGCGAAACUUGACAAGGCAGAUAAAGCUUUUUGCUUUACUACUGGAAUGGCUGCUCUUACUGCUGUUACACACCUUCUCAAAACUGGGGAAGAGAUUGUUGCUGGAGAUGAUUUAUGCGGUGGCUCAGACAGAUUACUAUCCCAAGUAGUUCCAAGAUCUGGCGUUGUGGUCAAACGAGUAAACACAACUAGUUUAGAAGAGGUUGCUGCUGCUACUGGUCCACGGACAAAGCUUGUGUGGCUUGAAUCUCCAACCAAUCCUAGACAACAAAUUUCCGAUAUACGAAAAAUAGCUGAGAUGGCUCAUGCUCAAGGUGCACUUUUGUUGGUGGAUAAUAGUAUCAUGUCACCGGUGCUCUCUCGGCCGUUAGAGCUUGGAGCUGAUAUUGUGAUGCACUCGGCUACCAAAUUUAUAGCUUGA